CAUCGAUAUCCCGAACUUAUGAUGCACGUCGCACUCUUGCAAGGCAGUUGUUUUUGCCAGGCCGUUUCAUAUACCGUCUCUGCUCGUCCAGUUUUGAGCGCGUAUUGUCAUUGUACGAGCUGCCAGAGAUUGACUUCGUGUCCAUUCGUUCAUACUAUACAUUUCGACGCUGCUGCAUUUACAUGGACCCAUCAAGAACCCCACGAGUCUCAAUUAGAUUCCUACGACAAUUUCCUCAAGCCAUACAAGCGACGGUACAGGUGCAAAUCCUGCGGUGUUGGGGUUGCGUCCGUCAACUCCCAGACCAGCCGCGUUAGUAUAUGGGGUGCAACUUUGAAUAGGAAUGAGGAGGGGAAGAUAGUCGGCUGGGACAUUGCCAAGCCGACUGCUCACCAGUUCUAUGGAACACGGAUGCUGGAUGUUAAUGAUGAUUUGAGUAAAUGGGAAGGAUAUGAAUUGAAAUCAGAAAAACUGGAUUAGAUACCAAUGUUAAUGACGAGCUCGUUAUUCGAAAUGACACGGAGCAAGGCGCCGUCCCG